AUGAAACAUGGAAACUCUCUACAACAAGUUUCAAAAAACCCCAAAAACUUUAGAUUCUUAACAAUUUCAACCCUAUGGGCUUACUUGAUCAUCUCUGGGAUGAUACCGUCGCUGGUCCACGGCCAGAAAACGGCCUUGGCAAGCUUCGUAAACACCAUACCUUCAGUUUCCGACCUAGCUCCGGCAAUGAUCAACCGGAAGCUGGAAGUGCGAGAUCGUACGGUGAGGAUUCGCUACCGGAAGAGGCAGUGAAAGUUACAAGAAGCAUCAUGAUUGUUAAACCACCGGGUUAUCAAGGCGGUUCAGCUCCGGCUUCGCCGGCUUCGCCGGCCGGUUCUACUCCGCCGCUAUCUCCUUUCUCUCCGCCGCUGUCUCCGUUCUCUGCAAACGCAGGAGGAAAGGAACCCUUUCGGUUUAGGAGACGGUCGACGUCGGAUGCGUUCGUUAAGGCAGCAGGAGGAUCAGAGACUGGACCAAGGAGCUCUCCUCCUACUUACGGCAUGUGAUCUCUAAUAAAAUCAUGAAAAAGAGAGAAGAACAAGAAAACAGAGUACCCUUAACCGCUGUCGUUUUGACAACAUGAAGUGGUUGUAUUUUGCUUUUGUAGGCCAAAGAGGUGUUCUCUUAUGUGUGCGUGUAUGAGUUUGUUUGUGUGUUUGUUUCUAUAUGUAAUUUCGUCUUUUCGGUUAUGCUUUUUUGCGUUUGUAAAUUUUUGCUGCAAUGAUAAUAAAAACAUGUAGAUGCUUAA